GGCAGCACUCUAAUACAUCAGAAUUCACAAGUCCAAUAUUGGUUUAAAGUCUUUGGCUUUUUUGCAUGGUUUGCUCACCAUCCAUUUUAUCCAUCUCUUUAUCUUUCUGUUUCCCCCACUCUUUCUAGCGUUCAGCAAAGAAUCUGAGAAUACGCAUGUAUGAACCUUUUUACUAUUCUUUUAAACUAUUCUCUACAUGUUUUCAAUUUCAUUGGUUCAGAUUUAAAAAGACUUUUUAAUGGUUUUAACACGCCUUGAAAUUAAUCAAUGGUGGUGGACAUGAUUCCAUGAAACUAAUGGUGUAAAUGAUGCUUUGAAAAUCAUGGUCUAAGAACAUGACAUGAGAGUUUAUGAAUAGUUGAUCAUCUACGUACCUUUUAGUAAUGAACUUUAGGAAAACUCCAGGCAUUGGAACUGAAAUCUGCCACAUCUCCAAAGUCAUGAGCAAGUAGCUAGUAGCCCUUUGUCAUAUCUUGCAUGUAUUGCUAUUAUUGUCUGCAGCAAGUCACUUUUAUGCCUAUAUAAAGCACCUGCAUAGUGUAACCCUGAAAUGUGGAUCAUUCUAUACUGGAAACCACUAGCUCUAAUCAUAAUACCAAUGGCUGUGGAAGAAAUUAAGCCACCAAUUCAGGUUAUAAUUGAUGAUUUCAUCAGCAGUACAAACCAAGAAGAGACCAAUGUUUCCAAGCCAUCUGAAUCUUCCAUAUUAACAAGGCUCCAUGCGGGCUAUUUCAGGAUAAGCCUUUCUCUUGGAGGCCAAGCUUUACCGUGGAAGAUUCUUAGUGAGCCUAAGAGUGACUCACAUGAAGUCUGGCACCUGUUUCGGAUGCUUCCUUUCACAGCUUUCCUUCUUCUCUGGUGGCUUAGCCUUCUAAUACAAAUUUCACUCUCACUUCUCUACAUUCUCAGAGCUCUGUUUCACUUUUACAUGGCGAAGGCAGAGUUUUUACAUCAUAUAGGAACGAACUACUUACAUGCUCCUUGGAUUUCAUGGCUUCUUUUGCUUCAAUCGACGACAAUUAUCAUCCCAAGCAGUGUCUCUUACCUUUCCCUCUUCUGGGUCUUCACUGUUCCGAUUGUGGUGCUCGAUGUUAAAAUCUAUGGACAAUGGUUCACCACAGAGAAGCGGUUUCUUUCCACGCUUGCAAACCCAACGAGCCAUAUGUCAGUGAUAGGAAACUUGGUGGUAGCUCAAGCAGCAGCUCGGAUGGGGUGGACAGAGAGUGCAAUAUGCAUGUUCUCACUUGGAAUGGUGCAUUAUUUAGUACUCUUUAUCACACUUUACCAGCGCCUAGCGGGUUGCAAUCAGUUUCCUUCAACGUUGAGGCCAGCAUUCUUCUUGUUCUUUGCUGCACCAAGCAUAGCAAGUUCAGCUUGGUACUCCAUCACAGGAUCUUUCCAUACAAUGUCAAAAAUGCUCUUUUUCCUCUCCCUGUUCCUCUUCACUUCUCUGGCAAGUAGACCAACUCUUUUCAAGAAGUCCAUGAGACAAGCAAAUGUUGCGUGGUGGGCUUACUCCUUCCCAGUAACCUCCCUCGCUCUCACCUCUGCUUUGUAUGCAAAAGAGGUGAAAGGUCAUGUGGCACCAGGAUUGAUGCUAGCACUAUCUGCUCUCUCUGUUUUGGUGUUCCUAGGAUUGAUAGUGCUCACCGCAAUUAACACUGACAAGCUCCUGCGCCAAAACGACCCUGUACUGAGUUUUGCUAAUGAUCGUAGAACAAGGACUUGAAAUAGCUUGAACGGUCGCACUCUAAGAGGCCGUGUUAACAAGAUAAGUGCUGGUAAGGAAAUUAGCAGGCCAAACAGUCAGAAACACAGCUGUAAGUUUUCGCUGCAAAAUAAGAAAGAACAGGGCUGAACAAAGAGCUGAUGGAACACAUGGUAAGUGAUAAAUGUCUUUACAGAUAAAGAUACAACUAAAAAAUAGCAUAUUCACCAC